UAAGGGAUGCAGCUAAACGUUAAUCAUUCAGUUGACGAAGUGGUCUCGAGGUAACGCAGAUAAAUCAUCUUCAAUGUCUAUGUCAGGCAGCACCAGCAUGGUGAAGAAUCGUCGUUUUGAAGAUGAAGGCAAUGGACUUGGACUUGGAGUACGUCACUUACAGAUGUUUCUACUAUUCAUCGGCCUAUCAGUUGGCUUUGCCAUGCGAGUUAAUCUAUCCGUGGCUGUUGUGGCAAUGACAGAUACCUCAAUAAAUCCGGACUUUCCUGAAUAUCCAUUGUCUGAGAAAACUAAGUCAUGGGUGCUAAGCAGUUUCUUUUGGGGCUAUGUGGUCACCCAAGUGCCCGGUGGUUCCUUGGCCCGCAGAUUUGGUGGCAAGGUAACGCUCCUGACUGGCGCCACCAUCUGCUCCUUGCUGAAUUUCCUAACACCUCUAUGCGUCGGCUUGGGUGGCUGGUCGCUGCUCUGCGUACUGCGAUUUUUUGAAGGCUUAUGUCAGGGCGUGUUUUUCCCAUCGUGCCAUACGAUCAUCUCAGCUUGGAUACCGCCCAAGGAGGUGGCAACUUUGGCCACUUGUGCAUAUAGUGGCGUUCAGUUUGGUACAAUCAUUAUGCUGUCCGUGAGUGGUUUGCUUGCCUCCUCGGCUGGUGGCUGGCCAAGCAUCUUUUAUGCAUCUGGAGCCUGUGGCAUCCUGUGGGCGGUGCUCUACUACAUAUGGGGUGCCAGUUCGCCAAACGACUCCAAAAGAAUCUCGGCAGAGGAAUUCAAGUUGAUUGAGUUGUCGAAGGCAAGCGAGAAAAUUAACAAAUCACAACUGCCACAAAAUCGACAACCUACGCCUUGGCUGAGCUUCCUUACCUCGCCACCCUAUCUGGCACUCACCGCCGUGCAUUGUGCCACCGCCUGGGGAUUCUAUACACUUCUAACGCAAAUUCCCAGCUACAUGAACAACAUCCUUGGAAAGGAUAUCAAAUCAAAUGCCUUGCUCUCCUCACUGCCUUACAUCGCUAAUCUGGGGCUCGGCUUUGUCUUCAUCUGGAUGUCCAAAUUGAUGGACAAGUACACGUCGCUUUCUCUCGGUUUCAGUCGCAAGUUCUUCAAUUCGAUUGGGCAUUAUAUUCCCAUGUGCCUGCUGGUCGCCCUGGGCUAUGUGCCAAAGGAACACGACACUCUGGCCGUUGUGCUACUCACCUUAACAGUGGGCCUCAAUUCUGCCAUCCACCUCGGCUUUCAAGUGAACCACAUCGAUCUGUCGCCCAACUACGCGGGCACGCUGAUGGGCAUCAGCAACGCCUUGGCCAGCAUUAUGAGCCUCAGUGCACCACUCCUAGUGGGCGUCAUUGUAACCGAUAAGCACAAUGUGGAACAGUGGCGCAUUGUCUUCUUUGUCGCCGCCGCCAUUUAUCUGGUGGGCAAUGGUCUUUUCAUACUCUUCGGGCGUGCGGAUGUCCAGGAGUGGAACGAUCCACCAGUUAAGGAGCGUCACACAGCCGUACCUCAGAUGGAAUCACAAAGAUCUGAGUGCUGUGAUAAAUGAAGGUGCUUGAUGAAACGAUAGACUCCAAUCACUUGGCUGUCAAGUGGGGAAAGUGGUGGCUUCCGACUGUCAUCUCUUAUUGGAUUAUAAGUGACACAAUUGCUCUUAAACGUGUGAAACAUCUUAAGCCCACAAUUUAUGGAGUAUAAUCAGUCGCUGCCCGAGCAAUUGUUGUACAUAUAUAUACAUAAAGAUUGAUUGCCGCUUAAUAAAUAAACUAUAUGUAGCAUUAGGAAAAACUGAAUGUUUUGAAAAGAAAAAUAAUUAUUAAUUGACCGAAUUAAACCAAGAAUAAGUGUACUCACCAGCACAUUACACUGAUUCCGUGAAA